AUGGAAGAUCUUCCAGCUACAGAAAAAAAGAAUAGUGUUCUUCCGAACAACGGAACUAUAAGGGAAGUUGAGAUGGAACACAUUAUCCCGGAGGGACCUCCUGUAGUCACCAAAGUCAGCUUGUUGCGAUCUGAAGAGGAUUUCAAAAAAAGGGACAGUGUUUCCACUGCUUCCCACACUAGUAUUGAACUUACAAAACAAGAGACUGAAGACCUUAAUUAUCCGCAGCAGAGCUCCCAGCCAACAACCAAUCCACGUGUCCUGCUGUUGCUGCUUCAUCAGAAGGAUCUGGAAAUCAAAGGUCUGAAAAAUGCUGUCCAGGGACAUCCACCUGACCGGCUUGCUUGCAUUUUGCAGGAGCUUGUGAGAACAAGACACAAAGGACCAUUGAAGAAAAGCCAAACUGAAGAUAUCCUUCGGAGAGAAAUAGAGCAACUGAACGCUGAGCUGAAAGAUGUCAAGGAGAGCCACAUGAAGGAGGUGCAAACGUUGCAAGAGAGGAUCAUGAGACUGGAAUUGGGCUCCCUGAGUCUGCAGGAUGAAGUGAAAAUAAUCUCACCCAAAUCAGUGAAUGAAAGUGACACUGAAUCCAACAUGUCCCUGGAUGAAGGGGCACAAUUAGCAUGCGAGAGCUUUGAGCUCUGGUCAGAGACAGGAAACAGACUGUUGCCAGACAAGAGUGAUCUGAGGCUUCGAAGAAUCCCCAAGCACACCAGCUUUGUGGAUGCUUUUCAUAAGCUCUGCAAUCAUAUAUUUUCUGAUGAGGAUAAAGAUGAGAAGGUAAUUACAGACUCAGGUGAAGAAAAAGAACUGAGGCAUCUCAUCCCAGUGCAGAGUUCACAGGAAAGCUCUCAGAAAUCAGACUUCGUUUCAACUGUGACUGAUAGCAGAACAACAGAAUCUUCUUCCAGUCUGCCAUCAUUAAUGGAGAAACUUGGAGAGAGAGGCUCAGUCAACCCUGUGGAUUACUGGAGCAUUCUUCAGUCCAGUGUUGGUUUCGGAGAGCACUCAGCUGGGAAAGCACCAUGGAUGCCCUUUCCCUUCAAAGAAAACCAUAGAGGUGGCAGCAGUGGUGCAGAGCUGAAUGCUGGGUUUGGCUCAGCCAAUCCCAGCUUUCAGCUCUACACUGCCACCUCCGAAGUCCACGUGGACUUCAGCGGGCGGUGGCACAGAACUGAAUGCUGUGCCCGACCAGCCAGCAAGGAUUUUAUCAACACAAGCUCUCUCAAGAUAGUUGGCGUACAUUAUAAGGGCAAAUUUAUCCGAAUCCUCAACACUUCAUUGAACAAGGAGGUAGACCUCAGUGGCUGCAUUAUCCAGCAAUGGGUUGGAGGAUACCCAGUGUCUGUCUACCGCUUUCCAAAUGGCACUGAUCUGCCUGCACAGCAUCACAUCACCGUCUGGGCUGCAGGGGCCAACCUUGCGCAAAAGCAACCUUCAGAAACAUCCUUAGGCUCACAGAGAUUUUUCAGAACAGGCCCAGAAUGUACUACCAUCCUCUGCAACCGCAAUGGCCAGAAUGUGUCACAAUACACAGCACCUCACAGAUUCACAGCAGCUGCAGAGGCCUACAGUGAUAACGUGGACCUUUCUGUGGACAAGUUUCAGCUUACUGAUGACAAGGAGGACUCUCUUGUAUCAUCAUGGCCCUCAAGAGAAGACGCUUCCCAGACUCCCAAGAGAGAGAGGAUGGAUAGUUAUUCCAGAGUCUUAAAGACAAGGUACACAGACCGAAUUUCUAUUGAAUCUUCGGGCAGCAUAGUUUGGAAUCUCCAUCCCAGAACAACAAAGAAGCGAAUCAGCGUUGGAAGUAGUCCUUCUUCCAUCUUGUCCGUAAAAAGUGGCAGCUACCCUCUCUUGAUCAAAGACAGCCACUCUUCAUCCAGUGAUGAUGAAUAUUAUACUUCACAAACAUGGAAACCCUCACUUGAAGAACCAAAAGUCAGAGAGUUCAAGACAACACUAGAUACCACGCUUCCCAUGGUAGCUCUCAUAGGACAGAAGAGUGCCCGCUCAAAAUAUGGCUUCAAGUACAUGAAUUAUGUUCCCACCAGUACGGAUCUGCAUCUACGGCGGUACUAUUAUGGAAGUUGA